ACAUGAAAAAGAAAUCAUGUUUAAACAACGAAUUCUUAGUUAUGAAAUAUAUAUUAAAGAAUUAGCAAUGAAACAUGAUCGAUCAUUAAGACGAAUAGAUGAUGAAAAAAAUAUUAUAAAAAAUAAACAAAUAGAAAUUGAAGUGCUUAAAAAGGAUAUCGAACAUAUGCAACAAGAAAAAAUAAAAUUACAAAAAAUUCUUUCACAAUAUCAACCACAUUUAAAUCUUCUCAUACAAAUUGUUGAUCAAACUGAUCGCUUUCAUUCUAUUGAUGAAAUGAUUGAAAAAUUUGAUAUGCUUUAUGCUAGUUAUCAAGAUAUUCUUGUGACAAUUAAAAAUUCUAAUGAAGAAUUAAAUGAUGUACAAAAACAAUUACUACUAACUAUUGAAGUAUGA